UUUUGGUCAAAAAUAUUUCUUCGUUUUGGGGUAAGAUUUUAAAGAAUAUUUUUGUUGAUGAUCUACGAUUGCUGGAUCGUAUCACUUUGCGAUUUCUGCAAAAAAGAAUGCACGUGGGCUAGGGUUGAUAACAAGACGUCAAUAUCACUACCUCAAUGCGAUUUGAAGCAGGAAAUAAUAUAUCAAGUUACAAUAUUUUGUUUAAUAUCAUGCAACAUGACAACUGAGAGACGCGAAGCUGAGAAAUUAAACAAACCCAGGGCAUUAAAACUGCGCGUACACUGAUCAAACUGGCGGUAAUGAUUAGACAAAUAUGAAUCACACAAGCUGUUAAUCACCGUAUUUCUAUCUAAAUUGGCAAAUGAAUUUUUAAACAACGAAUCCAGAUAGAUCUACAUUACGAGCAAACGGUUGCCAACUGGCUUGCGAGUGUUAUUUCUUUAUGGGACAACUCAGAUUGGUUGACUUUUAUGGAGAGGGAAAGUCAUAUUUGCGGCUGGCAUUUACCUCCAAUUGAGAAAAAAGUCGUGGAAAGUGGAUCAAAAACCAAAUACACGCAAUCACAGACACAACAUAGCGUUGUGAACAGAAUGAAAUUCAAAACCAAUCCGUCUGAGGAAGGCAAAUUUCAUCAUUUUUCAGAUGCGGAGAAAUACAUUGACGAAUAUCGCAAAAAGCACACGGUCGCAAACGCGUCCCUGGACUGGGAGGAAGGCAAUUUCCAGGUCCAUCGCAAUACAAAAUCGAUCACGGAAGAUGAUAAUUUUUCAAAAUUUAUUGAUAUAAGAGUACCAGAGAAGAAGAUUUGCUUGACAGGUUUACCACAGUUGAGACCUCCACCCAAACACGUACUUCGGACGCGCGGAAUUCACGAAAGAAAGGAGGGAAGCUCGUUCCUAACUGGCGUUCCACAUUUGCCCCACUUGACGCUGACUGGAGCUACAAAAACUGUUGUAAAACGAGACGUGAACAGAACGGAGGGACAGCAACACAAGCGAGCACAUCGCAAGAAAACGCAAGCAAGAUUACCCUAUUUAAAACCACCAGAGCUAGAACUAUAAUAAAGCUUAAGACAGAUAUAAAAUACUAAUCUUGCCCGGAAUGUAUUGCAUUCGUUAUAUACUGAAAUUGGGGGUGUUGUGUUUGAAACAUAAUAAUGUAAAAAGCAUGAAAUAAAUGCAUACUUUUUAAUCCUAUAGUUACGUGACAACUGACAACACUGCAACUUAAGAUAUAUAUUAUUUAUCCAUCCUGUAAUUGCACAAAUCAGUAUCUGUUUCAUCGAAGAUUAAUUGCUGAAUGAGUGAUGAACGAUUUCAUUCAUAUUAGAUGACUUAAGUAUCCAACACAUUUUAAGGCUUUUUAAACGUGCGUGAAAAUGUCACUUCGUUCUCGUUUUUCUCGUUUCGUGUUUUAUUUCACUCUUUCGUGCUAUUAUUGUACCUCUUCGAGCUCGCCUCAAUCUCUUUCGAGACUUUCGUGACCAAAGGACACGAAUGCAAAUUUUCAUAAAAUCAAAAUUACUGUUUGCAAAUUGUGCAUAAUUAUUGUAUGUAAACAAUUAUUAAAUACGUGUCAACUGCUGUUUUUAUUACGCUGUGCUUUUUAUGGAGAAACUCAAGGCAAACUUUAGGAAGUUGGAGUGAUUUGUGACAAGAUAUGAACAUAUUCCUAUAGCCUUUUUACUAUCUUUUAUAUGGGUGGCUUUUUCUCUACCUCGUUGACUUUCUGCGGUGCCUAGCGACUCUGGGUCGUUGCUUUUGCGAGCGAAAGUUGGUGGUUUUAUAGUUCAAUAUGAUAUCGUAAUGUCAAGAAUACGAACGGAUUUAAAACCGACAGUAAAAGGCCUGAAAUCGUCCAGCGUUAGCACAACUUCCCUUCAUGCAAAGGCAAAGUCCGACAGUACUACAAAAUUGCCACCUGUCUCCCCACGGUGUGUGUCUGUCAGCCCACGGGGGAGUGUUGACUUAAAAUGGACACUGGAUAUGGUCAGAGGCUACACUAUACAUGGAUCAAACAGACCUGGGGCUGGAAGUGCAAAGAAUUGUGAUGGCUUGCAAUCAAAUCGUGAUUAUGAGAAGCUAUACCAGAAAUACAUGUCCUUACAAAAGUUGACAAGUCAGUUACGAGAAGAGUUGAAACUUAAAAACAAAUUGAUAAAUGAUUUACAACAGAAACUAGAUGAAAAAGAGGGUGAAUACAACCAGAAUCUACAAAAACACAAAGAAAUUAUUGCACAACACGAAAGCAAAAUUGAAAGUUUUUAUGAGCAAAUAAAAGGUCUAAAAGAAGCGAUAACAGAGCGGUCAAAAGAGACGGACAAGAUGAGGGAAGAACUAGCAAAAACAAAAACAAAAUAUGAUAAAAAAAUAGAAGCAAUUUUGAAAGAGAACCAAGCAAAAUUGUUGGAAUUCCAGCAGUUACACAAGGAGGAACUGGCUGGACGUGAUGCCAAAAUUUCUAUGUUUAAAAUGCAGUUGGAAUCUGCAAUGAAUAACAAUUCAAAGGAAAGACAACGACAGUUGGACGAACUUACGAAAGAGCUGGCGAGAGUUACGGACGAAACAGAAUUGCUGAAAACCAAACUACGCGCCUUAACGAAACAAAAACAGCCCGAGCAAUGUCGCAAUUGCGUAGCGCUUGAAGAAGCGUUGCAAACGAAAUUGAACGAGUUGAGAAGCAAAGAGGAGUCUAUAGCGGAACUACUUCAACAUGGACGGAAAAUGGCGAGACAGUUAUCGAAACAGGACGAGUUUCUUAAACUAUGUGAACGAGCGAGUGUUGACCUUCAGCAGCGAUGAACACGAUCAGACUUUUAAAGUCCAAAAGGUGUAUUCAAUAGUGUAUUUUCCCAGAUAAUUCUUGCUGUUUUCAUUUAUACAAAGGCAAAAGAACGGUUAGAACUAAUUUGACCGGGGUGAGAAAAACUUGCUGCACUUGGCUAUGAUCUUCUAUUAACUGUGGAUAGACGGACUGUUAUAUACGAUUUAAAUUAUUUUUCUAAAUUGUAAAGCUUAGCUUUCUGUAUUA